GGAUGAGCUUGAAGCGCCUUCCCGAGCUCUUCUGGGGCGGAAGGAGAUGCUUCCUUCAGGUUCUGCUUCCUUCGUCUCAAGGUCUUUGGUACCAUAAGAAAUCUACCUGUGCCACAAAACAGAUCUCUCCGUCAGGAACUGAAGCAAAAGAUGGAAUAGACGCCUUGUUUUCUUCUGAACAGCAAUCUGUUAUUUUGCGGUUUCUCAAUUCAGCCUCCGAAGAAGAACUUUCUACUGUUAAACUAUUGCAAGGGAAAAAGUCUCUUAAUGUAAUAGAGUAUAGAAACAAGCACGGGCCAUUUCAGGAAUUACAGAGUUUACUGCAAGUGCCUUCUUUUCAGUAUAAAACAGCCGUUAAAGUAUGCAGCUUUAUUCUCAACCCUCUAGAAAAAGAAGAGAAAAAAACAUGCACUCCGAUGUCUGCAAGGAAAUGCAUCAGUCCUGCAAUUAAAAAAAGCAGGCUGAAGACUGCCAAGAGUAUUGUAUCUAUUGUUUUUGGUGUGCAAAAAAUUUCAUGGGCUCAUGUUAACAGAGAUUUGGUUGUGCAGAACUGGCAUUUGGAAAACUACAGAAAUAAGGAAGAAACAUUCACACCAGCAACCUACCUUGAUACAGUAUCUACUAUCAUAUCCAAGAUUCCUGAAGCAGACUUUUACGUUCUGGAAAAAGUUGGACUUCCUCCCACAAAUGCUGCCUUGUUUCCAGUAACGUUGCAUCUUCGUAUAAUGGAAGCUGUACUUUAUGCAUUAUUGCAAAAAAGUUUUGGAAAGGAUGGACAACCCCAAGUACUGAGCAUGGCCCGGAAUGCUGUAGGCAGAUAUUUUGGGCUGAUGUUGGGAGAGGCACGAAUUAGUGGAGUGGACCUUGUAAAACAGUUUCUCUUGGACUCCGCUAAAGAAACAUCCCACGUGAGCUUUGCAAACAACAUAGCUACCAGGCAAAUGCAUGCAAUGUUGGGUAAUCCAUGGAGAAGAGAGGAGGAACUAUGUGAUUCAUUAUUGCAGGCAAUAGCAUUUUAUGAGCUUCUGGUAUUGGACACCUAUGAAAUGUCUUAAGAAUUAAAUAAAUUCAUGAUUGUGCAACUUCUGGAUCGUACGGCAGAUCUGUGACAUUUGAUGUAAUGUUACAAAAGUUGAGGUAAUCUUGAGGUGUUAGUGUCAAAAUUAUUUUCUAUUCUCAGCUUAUCUUGCCCUCCCUAGCUUUA